GAACCUGCGGGCGUCGGGGACCGCACCGCCGCGCGCCCGCUGUGAUUAGCUCGCGGGGCGACCCCGGAGGGCGGACUCUCCUCACCCUCGUGUCUCCUCCUCCCUCUGCCUUUUUAAGGGACGCCCUCCAGGCAGAGCUGUCAGCCACCCCAGGCCCUCUGCACUUGGCCGCAACUGGGCUGUCUCUCGCCUGCGUGACAGUCCGGGGCGGGAGCUGAAUUAGCCGCUGGUCCCGAGCCCUGCACGUGGAGAGCCAAGCUGAGCUCCGGGCUCUGCCGGGUACCGGGCGACAACCCGCGAUCGGGACACUGCCCGGCCUUGGGGGUUGGUUGUUCAGGGCUCGACGGCCCGCAAGGAAAGCGGGGUGGGAGGCGGCCCGGGCCCGGGUGCUCCUAGCGCGAUGAGCCUGGCUAAGGGCGGCCGCUGCUUCAGUCGCAGCCUCCGCGGUGGCCUUCCCCGAGCCCUGGUCCCCUCGCCCUCGCGCACCAUGCUAUCCUUCGGCCAGCGAAGCUCGCAGAGCAGCCCACGUCUCCUGCCUAGCCUCUGCUAACCCACAAGAGCGCGUUCUUGACCGGGUGGUCAACUGGCCGCGUGGUGCCUCGGGGAGGCGGAACCGUGGUCCCCGGAGCCCCGACUCCGCCCUCCGACUCUCCAGCUGCCACCGGGCGCGGGGCGGCGAUGGGGGCGCUGCUGGCGCUCUGUCUGCUCGUGGGCUUGCUGCGCUGGGGCCCGGCGGGCGCGCAGCAGCCUGGGGAAUACUGUCACGGCUGGGUGGACGCGCAGGGCAACUAUCACGAGGGGUUCCAGUGCCCCGAGGACUUCGACACGCAGGACGCCACCAUCUGCUGCGGCUCUUGUGCGCUCCGCUACUGCUGCGCGGCAGCCGACGCCAGGUUGGAGCAGGGCGGCUGCACCAAUGACCGCGGAGAGCUGGAGCAUCCUGGCAUCACCGCGCAGCCUGUCUACGUCCCCUUCCUGAUCGUCGGCUCCAUAUUCAUUGCCUUCAUCAUUUUGGGCUCAUUGGUAGCUAUCUAUUGUUGCACCUGUUUGAGACCCAAGGAGCCCUCCCAGCAACCAAUCCGCUUCUCACUCCGAAGCUAUCAGACAGAGACAUUACCCAUGAUCCUCACCUCCACCAACCUCAGAGCAGCUUCCAGGCAGUCCAGCACGGCCACCAGCUCCAGCUCCACAGGAGGUUCUGUCCGGAGGUUCUCCUUUGCCAGGGCCGAGCCAAGCUGCUUGGCACCCUCAUCGCCCCCACCUUACACCACUGGUCACACCAUACACCUAACCCAGCCGUCUGGUUUCCUGGUGUCGCCCCAGUAUUUUGCAUACCCUCUCCAGCAGGAGCCCCCGUUACCUGGGAAGAGCUGUCCAGAUUUCAGUUCCAGUUGACGGGCAGUGGCUGUGAAUAGGCCAUACGGUGAAAUGGCAGCCGGGGAGAGUGUUGGCUGCCUUGACCAAGUCACGCUCACUUCUGAGGAAAGUUGUGGUCACCCAUCAUGCUCAUGGAAGAAAGGUCCAGAAAGGCUCAGCACUUUCUGGUCUUGAGGUCCUUGACUACAAAUGCAGGAGGCCUGACUUAGCAAUCAUGGGGAACCUGGCGACUUAUUCACCUUUUGUUAAAAUCCUCAGCAGCUGGUUGUUCAAUUUGCAAAUUGAAAGAAAAUAUUUUACUGGACAAUUCUGCUAUCCUUUGUAGAAAAGUGCCCUGUGUUCCUUUUCCUGUGUUGAAUUAUAGUACAAAUAUAAACAUAAAUAAGGAAGGACAUACACUUAACUGUAAUUAUAAAGGUUCACUUAAAAAUUAACUGUUAAGUAAACUUGAAGAGCCAGUGAACUACCUAUUUAUAAUUUUUGGAGCAACCUAACCAUAAGUAAUAUUAGUACGCUGAGAACAUCUACUUCUUAAAUUAAUAACAAAUUUUGUUUAAAAUAUGAGUUUUCUUUUUCUAAAAUACAAGGUUUCAGUAACCACUGGGAAGCUUAAAGUUUUAAAUAUAUACUCAGACAUUCGUAGUAACACAGAUUCUGGGUAAAAUCUCCUCCCCCACCAACCUGAGGGAAUAUUUAUUGCAGUUUUUUUGUUUAGCAAUAUUAGUGUUUAAAUGUAAGUUGGACAAUUGGGUCAUAAAACAUUUAUUUGUAUAAAGAAUUAUAUAAACAUGAAGAUUUGUAAUUUAAUUUACUUACCACAUUGACAAUACUAAUUAUUUAGAAGAUACACUGUAUCUUUACUCAAAGUCAAAAGGGGGAAAUUAGUGUAAGCAGUCAGUAUUCCACAUUUUGUGUGCCACGUGUUUGAUGUCUGGUGAUGACACAUAAGGACCAGGGUAGAAAAAAAAAUUUAUCUGGUUUCCUGAACUCUAUUUGAGGUUUUCAAAUCAGGAUUCUUUAUUUUAUACUCUUAGUGACUAUUCUUUUGCUAUCUAAUAAAAGGAUAUAUUUUUAUUCCACAUUCCAUCUUUCAAAAUUAAGGGAAAUAUUGGCUUCCUCAGGACUUUGGAAAGCAGCAGAGGUCAGUUUUUAUAAAGAGUCCUUAGAAAACAGUCUCUCUGUGGUCAUCAUACAUAAAUGUCACUUGACCUGUAGAAUUUGACCAUCCAGACAUUUUUUCGUAGGACAGCCUGGGUUUUUGUUAUAUCCUGCCCUACUGUGGGCUCAGGCCAAUUCUCCUCAGGCAAUACACCCAUCUGUUACCAACUCCAUUCCUGUUCAUCCACACGCUCCUUCACGCUUAUCUACCACCAUAGGUGCACGUGGAGAGCCCAGCUUCUAGAAAUUCAUUCUGUCAUCUGUCACCUUCAGUAGCCCUGCCCCAAGUCAACAGAGGUAGAAUCCUGCCAUAGGAGGGUUAAUUGGCUUCCUUGUUUUUCCAGUUGAGGGUCAGAGAAAACCAGUUGGAAGGCAUUAUGCCUUUACCAGGAAUUUAGAGCGGUGCCAGCUUCUAGUUGCUUCCUUCUCCCGCAUGCAAAUUUGGUCUUUCUCCCAAGUAUUUAAGAUGGCGGAAAAAACAACUAAGGAGACAGCUGGAUGUAAAGAACAAAUGUCCAAGACUGCGCUCAAAGCCACACACCUGGAUCAGCAUCCUGGUUGUAGUAGCUCUGUUCUGUUUCUUUGACGGUUUUAAGUUAACUUCUGCUGAGUUCUUUGUUCUAACGCAAGUCAAGCACAGCGCUGAGCAGUUGUGGAUUCACUUAUCUGAUCCUCCAAACAACUCAGAGGUAUCUUCAUUGUCAUCUCACAAACCUGGAACUGGAGGAAGAGACUAAAGUGUGCAACUUUCUAUGGCAAGUUAAUGCUGGAGUUGGUGUGUAGAGAAUGCUUCAAAUGCCAGGAUGACACCGGCUUUAAAUUUUAUUUAGCUUCUUUUUGAGACAGGGUGUUCCUACAUAGCUAGGCUGGUCCAGAACUCAUGAUCCUGCUGCCUGAGCACCUACAUCCACAUACUGCGGUUAUGGCUGUGUGAUGUCAUACCCUGAUUUAAUGUGCUGAUUCAUGGCCCUACUAAGUGCAAUGAAUGUUUCUUGUUUUGUAAUCUCUUUAAUUGUUGAAAAAUGAAUUACAGGCAAUAUACCUGUAAUUAAAACAAACCCAUUUGGUAUGCUAAUGAGAGGGGGAGAGAGCAAGAAUGAGAGCUGGAUGGGAGAGAGAGAGAGAGAGAGAGAGAGAGAGAGAGAGAGAGAGAGAGAGAAUCAAAGCUUCGGUAGACUAUGAAGGACUCACAGAGAAGUGACUGAGCCAGUCUCACCUUCCCAUGCCCAGUUCCACAGUGUCUGCUAGAGUAUGGAAAUGCUCCCUCCCGUGCUAAGCAGGGUUCUAGCUCAGUGCCUGCAUUUUCUGUUUCCUGCUGCUUUGGAGAACAGAAUGCAUUCUUUAGGCACACUGAUGCUGAGUGAUUCAUGGAGCACUCACAUCUAGAUUUCCCUGCUGCUGUGGGAUUCUCCAACCAAUCAGCUGGCCAUAUAGUACUUAAAACUAGGAUGGCGUUGUGUGUGUAAUUUAUUGUAAUGUGACUUUCAGUGACAUUGAAUCAAAUCAUAUACUCAUGUACUUGGUGACACAAAAUGUAUCUCUGUACAAGACUUCCCCUUUGGAAGCUAAGUGGCUGCUAAUACUAUUUAUGGUCAUAACCUAAUAAAGCCAUCCCAUGGUAAUUUUUA